AUGUGGAAACCCUCGUUGCAGCUGCCCCGGGCGAGUCGCCGGCGGUCAAUUGCCUGCGCUGCCUGCGCGCCUGUCUCGCGAUACCCCUCGCCCACCCCAUCGAUAACCCCGUAUGCCCGCCAACGUCGCUGCUUCCACGAGUACUUCAUCACGCACAUACCCUCGACCUCGCUGCAUCCCGACUCGCGCAUCCAGCAUGGCGUGCACCACAAGUUGCCGCGUGACAAGAGCACGCCCUACGAUGCCCAGAGGUCGAACAGAUUGCCCGCCGCGAUGCUGGGGACAUCCCGUGACAUGACCGUCGUGCGCAUACCGUUGAAGAGCGCGAAGCACCAUUUUGGCGUCUCGUUCAACGAAGAUGCAUACCAAGCAGGCACAAUCGACCUGCCAGCUUUCGCAAAACGGCGGCCGAUGUCCUUGACGAGGAACCCCAAGAGCCAGAGCGAGGUGACGCCGGAUGUAGGCGUGACGGGAGAUCCGCAGGUCUUCUACUUUGGCGUGUUUGACGGCCAUGGCGGAGCAGAGUGCUCUGGCUUUCUGAGAGAGCAGCUGCACGACUAUCUCGAAAAGGCGACGCAGCAAUUUGAGCUCAAGAGCAGCUUGCUAGGGAAACAGUCCACAGGGCAGCAGCCAAAUCCUCGCACCAAAGAUGAAGGCGACAAGAAUCGGGUGCAGAGGGACAAGGAGAGCCUAGACGCCAUUGAAACGCAUACACCACCUGGCAUCGAGCCCAUGAAGCCACCAAGCUCAGGCAGCGAUGGCGACAUGCCUACCCCAGGAUCGAAGCGCAAAGAUGGACCUGCCGACAUAUACGGAAAGCCGAGGACUCUCGAACAGCGGCUGGUCCGGGACUGGAAGGAGCUCGUCGGAGGCUACUUCCGCCGCUUCAAGCCCGAAUACUUCUCCAUGUCCGCUGGCGGACGCGGACACCCAGCGGAAAAGGACGUAAUCGAUAAGCGAUCCACAAACAACCCCUCAAUACCAGCGGAUGUCAACGAAGGCAUCGGUAUCGAAACUGUCCUCGAGUACGCGUUUCUAAAGGCAGACUACGACUUCGUUGCCGCGCAAGUCGGCAAGAAGGACGAAGAUCCAGUGCGCGCAGACAAAGCCCUCAACGACGACGAUAUUUUGGGACACCCAUCUCGACGCGCCGAGAAACCAAUCGGCGGUGCCAAUCGCUUCAAGGGCGGUAGUACCUGCAGCAUCGCUCUGAUCUCGACACCCACACCAAGUCCCUUCUGGCACCCCUCAUCCCCCUCAAGUCUUAUAACCGCACACGUCGGCGACACGCGCAUCCUCCUGUGCAACACCGCAACCGGCCUCGCAGUGCCCCUCACCUCCAACCACCACCCCUCCCUCCCCGAAGAAGCAACCCGACUCCGCCGCUUUGCCGCGUCCUUCGUUACCGACUCCUUCGGCGAAGAGCGCAUCUCGGGCCUUGCCAACACCCGCGCCUUCGGUGACAUGGCAUCCAAACGCGUGGGCGUCAGCGCCGAGCCCGAAAUCCGCCGCGUCGAGCUGGCCCCCGCAGAGUACGCGUUCAUGAUCUUGUGUUCCGACGGCGUCUCGGGUCAUCUGUCGGAUCAAGAAAUCGUCGACAUUGUCAAGGAGGCCAAGACGCCGGAGCAAGGCGCGAGGGAUGUGGUGAGCUUCGCGGUUGAGACGAGUACGGGGAGUGAGGGCGCGGAUAAUGCGACGGGCGUGGUUGUCAGGCUGGGUGGGUGGGAGAGAAGAGGCGAGGGUGGAUUGGGGAGUAUGGGGACCAAGGAGAUGAGGGAUUGGAGGAGGAAAGAGGCCGAGGAUCCGCGGGCGAGUGGGCGGAUGUAG